UUUUCGUUGUUCAGGUGUGAGAUGAACGCGGCCCGAUCGGCCUUCACGCCGUAGCUCGCUUGCUCGGCGCAGCCGCCAGUGCUACGGAUGUAAGAAAUUGGGGCGAAACGCACUCGUCGUCUGUCGCUUCGUCGGUGGUCGUUCGCUGACUGGCUGGUCCUUUGCGCUAGCUUCCUAAGUUAGUUGAAUGUAAUUGUGGCAGUGGCGCCACCGUCGAUGGCAGAAUUCUAAACCGGUGCUAUGUCAACUCUCCUCCUCGGAGUCGCCGGGGGCGCGCGCCGCCUGCUUCUAUGGGAAACGUAUGGGUAGGCUAGGAAGGGAGGCACGGCAGCAAAGCGGGGGAGCGCGGAGUGGCUGAGAACCCUCGCCCUAUUCUCCGGGCGGGCAGGAGCAGCAGCAGCACAACGAGCAGCUAGCGCCGAGCUCUGCCUUGCUGUCAACCAGCAAGGAGACUCACUCCAGCGUGUGGUGGAGCUGGUGGCCUGCGCUGGCCUGCCUUAGUAGGCACAGCCCCUUGCAACAACGUUUGCAGCUGCAGUACAAACGGCAGCGGCAGGACCAGCAUCACCGCUGAUACUAUUACGUAGUGGCUCAAACGCAUUUACAAACAGCCGCAGAUAAACAGGUCAAAGCAAACUGCAAACAACCGCCAGCUGAGCGAAAGCUCGAUCGACCCCGUAAGUACUGUAAGAAAAAACGAUUGUGUUAGAUCUUCGCUCCUUGCGACGUCAUUCGAGUGAACAGCGUUGUGGAAUCUAUGCCGGCUAAAAGCUAGUAACGUUUCGGUAGCGGUGUGGCCAAAUAAGGCGAUGCUCAAACAAAUUACGACGGAGACAGCGUGUAGGGACAAAGGCGUAUGAUUCUCCGCGCAACAAUUUGAUUUUCUAUUAGGACGACCGCGACAGCGGCUAUUACUGUAGCCGUACGAUUAAAGCAGGCUACGGCGCUAUCAGAAGCAGCAGAGAACGAUAUCUUCUACUUGACCUGUACCGUCGCGAAUACGUUACGUUUGCGCUGUUCCGUUUGCCGUAAACUCAGUUAACGCACACGCGCUUGCUUGCGCUGCUGCAGUAUAAGGUAGUCUUUGCCUGUAACACACAAAAAGCAGCAUAAUAACAGCUACGGCAAGCAGACAGGGUCCCUGCAAACACAGAAGAAGGGGAAAGUUAAGUUGAAGGUUCCUGGAUCGGUGUGGCUAGAAUACAGACGAGGCUGUGCGUGUGCCAUCAGCGCCAUCCCACUGUUGCAGCGAAAGUGCAGGGAUCGAGUGGAGCUACUAGGCGGACAAUAGCUCUUUAGUGCAUGACCACCGUAAUAAAGUGACAAAGUGGCCCAUAAUCAUAACAAGUUGUGAGAGUUUCGUUCUUUAUUUGCUUUAUUCCGUCUAUAAGUGUCUUCGCCAUCUUCGACUUCUCGGUUGUGCUUAGCUGGCGUCUACAUAGCCAUUCAUUUCGAACGACUGAUAGGUUAAGGCUGGUUAACAAUACAGGCAUCGUACAUAUGUGUUGGCGCCAAUUUUUCCUAGAAUGGUCUAAGGGGACUGAUUUGGCUAGAAGAAUAGUGUGACAGUGUGACGAAGACCGAUCCAGUGACUGCGGCGGAAAAACAACAAAAGGACCUUCAAAUCUUGGUACCCUGAGUUUUUAGAGAAUAAAGUUUAGCACUAACCGACCGCUCGAGUUGAACUGCUUCAAGUACAUUUCUAUGCGUCGCGAAGCCCACAGGCGCGUGCGACCGUCCUCGUCAACACUCCUCCAACUAGAUCGAUGGUAGUAUAAGCUACUGAAGACAAAUCCAUUGAAUUAGCAAUGGAUGUUCAAAUCUACCAUCGUUAAACAUCGCUGCUUUCGACGACAGCUGCCACCUUCAUCGCCCCACAAAGGCAGCCAAAUGUGUCUACUCCUGCCGCAAAUCUAGACUUACAUGCUUCUACGGUUCGCAAGCGGACAUUUUACGACUGAACUAUGACAGGGACGAAACGGAUCGUGAGCGUAGCAAGCGUAAACAUUAGCGUCAAUGCGUCGUACGGCAACGGUCGAAACAGAUAUGGGGAUGUAAAGCAACAGCCCCUUAUAGUGGAUGGCGUCGUGUACCCGCGCGACACUUGAGUAGGCGUUGUUGUACCAAAAAAAGCCAAGCAAACACGGCGUCAGGCGGCACCGAAUCCAAGGAAUGUGACCCGAUGAUAUGCUCAUCGCAGGGGUAUUGUUCUUCAUCUAAUAAACACAGUGAAGACCCCCGAAACAACGUCAGCCUUGCUUCACACAGCAGCCCUGAUGAUAGCAUUAGGAUACGAGCGGGCUCGGUGGAACUCCUUCGGGAAGGCGGAGGGAAUGCUUCAGGAACAACCGAUCAGUUAUCUCACGAAGUAGUACUCGUCGAUCCAUCAAUGGCAUCUCAAACGAAAUGUGCAGCCCUUAAGCAAAACGAAUCAGAUACCUUACAGACGAAUAGCGCACGACUGCCGCGUCAACAACUAAGAUUUGAAACAACUUGUCCUCAAUUGACGGGAGUGUGCACCGGCCGUUAUUCUUCACUCCAUAUUGAUAAGGCGGUAUAUAUUCCUCGCAUCAAUCACGCCGGCAGCUUCCGAUUAAUGGAUACGCCAAGUUCCCAGCCGACGCACCUCCAGCAAGAAGCACAACAGAACGGUCUUCAUUCGCGAAUCUGGCCGCCGGGUCGACGUCUUACCCGGGCCGGAAUGGCGGGGGUUAAAGCGAGUUGCUCUUUGGUGGAGCUGCGCGGUAGCUGUGGUGUUUCUGAAAUGCGAUUAGGUUGUGGAAGUAGCGACGCCGAUAGUAGCUUUGGCAGUCUGCUAAGGCUGAGUGGCACACAUUGCGGACGACCUGCGAGACUACUGCACUUCGCCGGUAGGGGGCCAGAUACGUUAGUUACAGCCAAUGGUGUUACGUUGCUCCAGCAAACAGGCCAGCACUCAGUGUCAAGCGGAAGUAUUGCAGAAUCAGCGGCAAGCCAAACUUCUCAGUCCCAAAAAGAGCUGCGUAUGAUCCGAGGGCAACUUUUUCAGGAAGGCGAUAGCAAUAACAACAACAGUCUACACGAAAAUCAUCAGUACUCGAAUAUGAUCGAGCGAACUCUGCAAAGUUAUCACACGGAAACCUCAAUUGGAUCAAGGUGCGAUGCCAGGCCAGCACAUGUUGCUGAGCUGCGCCUUGACCAGACAGUGUCAAAUGCGACAAACGCUGCCCGAAGACACCGCCAAUUGCAGGAAGCCUCAUCGGGCAAAAAGAAUAGCAUAAGCCUUAAAAGCAGCUUACGGAAUUCUAAAGGGAGACAGCGGCAAUCGGGUUUUAGGGACGGUGGGGCCGCGUUCGCCAGAAGCCGUCGAUCAACAGUUGUUGAAGCAGCGUGUAACACGAGUGGCCCACAUUGUAAACUACGACCAGCGCUUAAAUUAGCCGUCCAUUCAUCUUUAUCCACGUGGAACAGUGGACGACAGCGACAGCGAUAUGUACCAAAUUCAGAAUGUGAUAUCUACGGUAGUUUUAAGAUACCAAGCCAGAAAACAGUUACAGUCACCGCCGCGUACGCGACUCAAAAUAGUAACAAUACGAGCAGCAGGAAUAACAAUAAUAUUGAGAAUAGUUAUUAUAACCCUCAUCAGCAUCCCGACAUUGGGAGUCGACGCUGUUCAGCCCCGACAGAUGAAGAAGGAUCACUAAAGCGUCCAUUGGCAACGAAAUGUCAAAGUAUUAGUUCGGAGAAGCUUAGCAAUGAAUCGUUGAUUGUUACCAGGUAUUCUGGGCAAAUCUGUGGCAGUCGCCGCGUGAUCGACAAUGCAAAGCUCUACGACAGCACUGACUCAUCGGCGCAAUCCUUCGAGACAGAAAGAUCAUUCCGUCAGGAAUCGUUGACGGAAACUACUGACCUUUUUGGCAUCGGCUGUAACGCUGCUAGCGUGUCGACGUGUAGACGUAAAGAUCAAACAAACGAAGGCGAGACCGAUUUUGCGCGAUCUCUGAGAAAAAGUAUUGCGGUAAACAUUGAGAAAACCGAAUUGUUGAAUAGCAUGGCUAUCACGAGUUCAUGACAAAUUGGCAACAGCGAAAACAAGAACAAUGGUACCGCACCUCUCUAAAUGUAUCUAGCAACUGGCGACGGCAGAAAAAGGUGGCACAAAAUUAUGCCUCUACGCACUGGUAAUCCAGCCUGCACUGUCAGGACAAAGUGCGGUUGCUUCAAGCCUGAAGCGCUACUACGUCCGAACAUUGAUGAUUUUGUCCGGUGGAACAAGAUCAUCUCAUGCAAUUACAUUUGCCAGACUUUUUUUAUUCAUCGUGCUGCUAUAAGGCGGAGUAGCAGUGGUAGCAACAACACGAACAGCUACCAAGUAACUGUGGCUAGCUGCCUGCUCCGUGACCUUUUGUAUAAGAUAGAAGGGACAUAAAAACAAAGAGAGAAAAAUACGCCCCUCCUAUUGAGCGCUCAUUGUCGAGAAGGCUUGUGAUCGAUACCCUACAAGUUCCCGCAGUAGCAAGAUAUUUCAGACAGAAAAAAAGUGAUCAUUACAGUAAGAGGAAAACAAAGAAAGGGCCAGAUAACUUGCUAAUAUUUUCGUUUGUCUCCGCUACAUUGCACAUGAGUCAAAGUAGUUUUUCUCGUUGUUGGACGUGCGCAAGUGGGGCCGUGUCAGACACACGGAAGACACGGAGGAAAACAGCUUGAGCUUUCGCGGUUAUGGGGUACAGCACUCGUGUGACGUGCACGGGGAUUUCCCCAAAACUUUUCAAAAUCUAUUCCGUACCAUUCGUUUUUAUGUGAUGUGUAUGUACGUACGCACACAAAAUUGCCAGUUACCGUCAGCAGCAGAAACAAAGAAAAAUUGGGGGUGCUUGAAGAAAUGAAUUCGGAUGAGCUUGGAGGACCACUGACUGCACUCGAAUAUUACUGGCUCGCAAAAAGGAACCGGGCCAAUGGUCCUAGCGUCAGUCCGAAAACAACAAUAGCAUUCUUUCUUGGCUGAGCUCGAAAAGAGUUUCCGGGGAAACCGCAGACUCGCAGGACGGACGCAACCUACGAUUCUUCACUGCCGUGGCCACAAUAUCGGCACAGCAUCCGGAUAUUAUGGUCGCAUUUCCGAAUUGCUGAGCAACGGCUGCACCGCGACAUCGACUUAGGGAACUUCCUGAAAGCUCGUCGUUUCCUGUGUACUCUGUACCAUUGACAUAGAUUCACUGAAUGUUUCGAGUUUUACGUUCGGAACUGUGUCAGCAUUAUCUAAAACAACUACAGCUACUGCUAUUAUUACGCGCCAUCAACAUUUCGUAGCCAAAAUAGUAAUAAGAGAAAAAUGCGACGAGUAAUAAUAGCAAUAAUAGUUAUUAUUGUUACAACAAUAACAAGUAUUCUGUACAUUUCAUGACUCCAGUACAAAUAUCCAAAAGUAAACAACAGCGGCAAAACCUAACAAGGGAUAUACUAUAGAAACGGAUCGAGGUAUUGUUACUGAAAGCGUUAGAGUUCUGGCUAAAACAGAUAUAAUUAAAAUAAAAUAAAAUAGAAUAUAGGUAUAUGGUGACGAUAUUUAGUAGUAAAGCUAGCAGUGACAGAUAGCAAUGGUAAUUAAAUUAUAUAUUAUGAUGAAAAGCAUUUUUAG